UUUGCAUUUGCUGCGUGCUUCAUGGUCCCCACCUACCAUCUCUGUAAUUUGUGGAGGGCAGUUGGAGUGGAGUGUGUGGGAUAAAGGAAAAGACAGAAUAGAAACUGGCCUUACAGCCUGCUUUUGUGGGUUCUAUUAGUGCUGGAUGUGGGAUUGGUCUCACUGGGUCAUUGAUUUUUUGUGCUUAGUGGCCUUGUUGCCAUGAUUAUGGAUUUGUUGGUUUUGAGGUCUUGGGGCAUGUGUAGUUGGUGGUUGUAGUGGUACUACAUUUUGUAUGUAUUUGUUGGGGGGAGGUGAGUUUCAAACUUGUGUAGAAUUUUUUAUGUUUGCUUGUGUUGAUUUCAAGUUGUGAUCUUUCUUCAGGUUUUGGUGUGGUUUUUUUUUUUGCUUGUGUUGUGGUUGAUCUGGGUAAGACUUUGGUGAAGAUGUCUAUAAAUGUGCGAUUUUGUAUGGCUUUUCGAGUUCAUAUUGGCUGAUUUUUGAGUGGGCUUUUGUCUCCUGAGGGUGCUCUUGUGCUGAAAUUUCACCUGUUCUCUUUGUUUCUUUCUUUCUUUUCAAUUAGAGGAUCUUAGGGCUCAAAUGUGAUGAUUUAGGUCAUAGAUUGGAAGCUUCAGGUUUUAUCUUCUUCACAGUCUGGAGUUCUCUCUUUGAAUUAAGAUUUGGGCUUUUGCUUUUAAAGUUGUGAUCUUUGUUGUCCAAAGUUUGCUGUUGAUCUUGGAUUUCUGGAUCUGUUCAACUUCCAGUUGAUUCUUUCUCCAAGUUCAAGUACAAGGCUUGAUCAAGAUGGCCUGUAUGAAGCUGGGAUCAAAAGCUGAUGCAUUCCAACGGCGAGGACAGGCCUGGUUUUGCACAACUGGGCUCCCCAGCGAUGUUACUGUUGAAGUUGAGGAAAUGUCAUUUCAUCUUCACAAGUUUCCUCUGAUAUCCAAAAGUGGCGUCCUAGAAAAGUUGAUAGCAGAAAAAACUGAUGAUCAAGAGGAGGAGUGUAUUAUAAAACUACAUGAUGUUCCUGGUGGCCCUAAAGCAUUUGAACUCGUCGCAAGGUUUUGUUAUGGUGUGAAGCUUGAAUUGACUGCCUCUAAUGUUGUAUGUCUUCGUUGUGCUGCUGAACAUCUUGAAAUGACGGAAGAAAUUGCAGAGGAUAACUUGAUUUCUCAGACUGAGGUUUUCUUUAACCAAGUAGUUCUAAGAAGUUGGAGAGAUUCAAUCAAGGCACUUCAGACAUGUGAUGAUGUCCUCUCUUAUGCCGAAGAUAUACACAUAGUGAAGAGAUGCAUUGAAUCCUUAGCCGUAAAGGCAUGCACAGACCCAAACUUGUUCGGGUGGCCAAUGAUGGAGCAUAGCUCCAGGCAAAGCCCCGGAGGAAGUCUUUUGUGGAAUGGUAUUAGCACGGGAGCCAGGCCGAUAAAUUCUUCUUCUGAUUGGUGGUAUGAGGAUGUGUCCUCUCUGAGCUUUCCUUUGUACAAGAGGCUUAUCUCAGUAAUGGAAUCUAGAAAUGUUAGAGAAGAAAACAUUGCCGGUUCACUGGCACAUUAUGCCAAAAAAUACUUGCCUGGAUUGGGUAGACGUCAUAGCUUCAGUGAAAACAAUGGUCGACUAGCAUCAUUAGCAUUGACAAAUGUGUUAUCUGAUGAGGAACAGAAAAAUCUACUUGAAGAGAUCGAUAAAUUGCUGCCUGGGCAGAAGGGGGUAGCAUCAACAAAGUUUCUGCUUGGCCUUCUUCGCACUGCAAUGAUUUUGAAGGCGAAUCCAUCUUGCAUUUCUAACUUGGAGAGGAGGAUAGGAAUGCAGCUUGAUCAGGCCUCAUUAGAUGACUUGUUGAUGCCUAAUUUUUCAUAUACCAUGGAGACACUUUAUAAUGUUGAAUGCAUUCAACGCAUUCUCGAGCAUUUCUUGGCAAUGGAUCAGGCAACUGGUGGUGCAUCACCUUUGGUUGAUGAUGAGCAGUUGAUUGGAUCACCUUCACUGACUCCGUUAACUACAGUUUCAAAGCUUAUUGAUGGGUUCCUGGCAGAAGUUGCACCAGAUGUUAACUUGAAACUGCCAAAAUUUGAGUCUCUGACUGCUGCUGUACCUGAGUAUGCCCGGCCAUUAGACGAUGGACUCUAUCGUGCAAUAGAUAUAUACUUGAAGGCACACCCAUGGCUCACAGAUUCAGAGAGAGAACAGCUCUGCAGGUUGUUGGAUUGCCAGAAGCUCUCCCUGGAAGCAUGCACUCAUGCCGCACAGAAUGAGAGGCUUCCUCUGCGAGUUGUGGUUCAAGUCCUCUUCUUUGAGCAGCUUCAGCUAAGAACAUCGAUAGCCGGUUGCUUCUUAGUCUCUGAAAAUCUUGAUGGAUCAAUGCCACUCAGAAGUGGUGCUCUUCCAGCCUCAGGUGACGCUGGCGGUUGGGCCACAACUGUCAGGGAGAACCAAGUGUUGAAAGUAGGAAUGGACAGCAUGAGGUUGAGGGUCUCAGAACUCGAGAAGGAGUGCUCAAACAUGCGACAGGAGAUCGAGAAAUUAGGCCGUGGAAAGAGUGGUUGGAGUAGUGUUUCUAAGUUUGGUUUCAAGAUCAAGUCCCAGAUGUGCAGUGCUCAGGAGAGUUCAGUGAAUGAUCAGAAGAGUGCGACAGGAAAGCUCGGUAAACAACAACAACAAUUGAAGCUUACAAAGCACAGGAAGCAAUUGUCCAUAGAGGAGUAAGCUUCCUUCUUCUCCUUAAUCCAAUGCAUGUAAGUUUUACUGUUUUUGUAACUCAAAUGUGUGAGCUGAUUAUUGUACAGCAUUGGAAAAUUCUCUUCUUUUCCUGCAUGAAAUGUCAAGAUUGAUUAGAAGUAACAUUGGGAAACUGAAACUCAAAUUGAAAUUCAAAUGACAGUUAAUAUUAUCAA